AUGACCAUUUACAUCGACACUUUGAAGGACAGUCAGCGUCGUAUGACCGAAAUAAUAGUCUUCAAACUGGAAGAACGGAUAAACGUAGUCGAUACAAGACUAGGUGUCCGCAUAGGUACCAUGGCCGUGGUCUUGACAAUGUGUGGCAUUAUCAUCAAGGCUGUGGAAGUUCUGACAGGCAACACUCAAAACUACGCCCUUACGUUGGCCAAACAAACCAAGGCGCUAAAUAAAGAACGGAAACGUGUCAGUACCAUUCUUUACUCUUUGAUGCCGAAGUCGAUUGCUCGGCAGUUGAUGCAGAACUCAACUGUCACUGCCGAAUCUUUCUCAGAAGCGACCAUUUUCCUUUCGGAUAUUGUCGGUUUUACUCGUAUUUGCUCGGAUAGUUCUCCGAUGCAGGUCGUGGAAUUGCUGAACCAUGUGUAUACAACCUUCGAUCGACGCAUCGACCUUUACGACGUGUACAAAGUAGAAACUAUUGGCGAUGCAUAUAUGGUGGUGUCAGGAAUUCCCAAACCUAAUGGUAAGCGUCAUGCAAGUGAGAUAGCUAUUAUGUCAUUGGAUAUGGUGAGUUGCGCAGAAAGUUUGGUAAUUCCUCACAAACCAGGAACAAAGAUGACUUUACGCAUUGGGAUCCAUACUGGAUCUGUUGCAGCCGGAAUCGUCGGCACGAAAAUGCCUCGCUACUACUUAUUUGGUUACUCAGUAAGAAUUGCUUCAAGAAUGGAGGCCACCGGCCUGCCCAAUCGUAUUCACCUGAGUGAACAUACCCGCGAUAUUUUGAAAGACAUCGACUGUUUUGUUAUGAAACAAAGAGGAGAAAUUACAAUUACGGGCAAGGGUAGAAUGGCCACCUAUUGGUUACUGAACAGGCGUAAUAUUGGCGGUUCAGCCUUCAAGCAAGACGUUCAGGAACACCUGAAUUUGAAUGUACCAGAUGCAGGGCCAGCAAAUUCGCAAGGGCUCAUUUAG